CAACACCAAUUUAUGUGUCAUGCCCUGACCAUAGAGAACCCUUCUUUCUCUACGGUGUAGUAGGUCAGGGCGUGACUAGGGGGUAUUCUAGUUUAUUAUUUUCUAUGUUGGUGUUUUGUAUGAUUCCCAAUUAGAGGCAGCUGGAAAUCGUUGUCUCUAAUUGGGGAUCAUAUUUAAGUAACUAUUUAUCCCACCUGUGUUUGUGGGAUAUUGUUUUGUGUUUGUGCAUGUGCACCACAUAGUCACGUUUAGUUGUUCGUUUAUUGUUCAAUUUUGUUUUGUUUAAGUUUCUCUUUGAAUUAAAUAUGUGGAACUCAACAUCCGCUGCGCCCUGGUCCCGUUCUUACGACAACCGUGACAGAAUACCCCACCAAAAGAGGACCAAGCAGCGUAUCGACGAGGUAAAGGAGUUUUGGACAUGGGAAGAAGUGAUGGGUGGAUGCGAGACCCUUCCUUGGCGGCAGACGGAAGGUAAUAAUGGAGGACAGCAACGACGCCAGAGUUCCAGGCCACAGAAAGCCUGUUACGCACGCCUCUGAGAAGGAAAUUUUGCAAAUUUUGCAAUCAACUAUCACUCUUUCAAAUGGUUCCCCCACCACAGGAAUCGGGUAGAGCGGUGCUCUAGGAACUGUUUGAUUCGCUUUCCCAGUGAGUUGACAUACGUGACAUGUUUUACAAAAUUGGACCACGUCAGACUUCAAACCUGGCCAAAAAAAAUGACGAAGGACCCGGUUAUAAGUCUCUGUGAUCCCCAAAUGUCCAGACCACGCCUGGUCAUGGGCGAGUGACAGCACCUGCUGUCGGAACGGUGUAGGAACAACCACUUGACACACUUCACUCCAGUCAUUAACGGUGUCAUGAGCUGCCCAUUUACGCAUCAAAACUCCUGCUUCCAUAAAGUAGGCAGUCUCCUUAGUUUUAGCUUCCUCAAUGGAAAUUACCGAAGCAAAACACUUGCGAAGACUGGUGUCUCCUUUUUGACAUUCAAUCACCUUCUCAGGGGUGACAGACAAAAGAAUGUCAUGUAAUUGGGGUGCGAUUUCGCAGUCCCCUUCCUUAGUUUUUACAGGAGUAAAAACUGUCGGACUUGCAGAAGGAAUACUCGGUGCAAUGUCUUCUACUUCAAUAUUCUCAAAAAUGGAACUAGCCAAAUCCACCACAUCUCCAAGCUUGCGAGAUUGUGCCCUCGUUAACACACAAGCAGGAAAAACAUGUGGAAAUGCUUGAACCAAUUUCUCAUCUGCAAUUUUGAUUUCUGGGUUGUCUACUACCUCUAACACAGGAGUAACGUUACCACCAGCAAUAUCAUUCCCUAAUAGCAAUGUGACUCCUUUUACUGGCAGUGUAGACACUACACCAACACGGAAACGUCCUGACACCAAGUCUGACACUAAGUGGACCCAGUGUAAUGGUACAGGUACUGUUUUUGUCUCUAUCCCCUGUAAUAUAACAUGUGAGCCACAAUACGUUUCAGGAGACCAGGGUAAAGCAUCAGUAAUAAUUACUAACUGCGCCGCACCGGUGUCUCGUAAGAUUUUAAUUGGCUUUUGAUCAGCUUGUUCUCCAGUUAAGGAAACACAACCGGUAGAGAUAAACGGAGCAUAAACAGGAUCCGGUUUCUCAAAUGCUGAAUCAAUACCUCGGACCAACGGACGAGCCAAAGACUUGACUAAACCCAAACUUUUCCUUUUUGGGGACGGUGACUGGGUCUGUUUCGGUUUAUUUUUCAAAACUGGGCAGUCCGCAAUCACGUGACCCUUUUGGUGACAGUAAAAACAUUCACGGAUCUCAUGAAAAGGCUUGUCAGAGGAAAAGCGACCUGAAUGAGGCAUUGAUGACGUAAUCAGUCUACCUUCAAAACGAGGUGCACCAAAGACAGUCUUGUGUGUCAAAGCGUACUCAUCUGGCCCAGGCAGCAGUGUUGGCAAUGUCACCACUUUCUGUUCAUUUAAAUGAACUACAAUUCUAUCAGGGAGGUUGCUUUUAAAAUCCUCCAACAGCAUCAACUCCCGAAUAUCAGCAAAGGUGUUAGCUUUGCUGGCUGAACACCAUCGAUUAAACAGAGACUCUUUGUCCCUAGCAAACUCAACAAAAGUACGGUGAGAGGGUUUCUUGUGGUUCCUGAAGCGCUGUCUAUAAGCUUCAGGCACCAACUCAUAAGCCCGCAACACGGUAGUUUUAACUGUAUCAUAGUGUAAACUGUCUUCCAGGGAGAGAGCAGCUACUACUUCCUGGGCUUUCCCAGACAAUUUACAUUGCAACAGGAGAGGCCAAACCUCGAGUGGCCAAUGUAGCGCAGCGGCCACACGCUCAAAUGCAGAGAAAUAGGAAUCAACUUCCGACUCUCGGAAUGGUGGGACUAAAGCUAUAUUUUUACUUACAUCAAAGUGGGCUUGAUGAUGAGCAGCUUUUGGAGUCGUACUGGAGCCAGCUUCUAUCUCCAGUUGUCGGAUCCUCACCUCCUUGUCGGCUUCUAUUUUCCUAAUUUCAAGAUCAAAAUGCAUUUGUCUCUCUUUAUCUUUUUGCUCCAUUUCUAACCGGGCCAGCCUCACCUUUAGCCUAGCGGUCCCGUCUGAACGACCUGAAGCAGAAGAUAAAGGAUCGAAUCGAGGCAAUGUAAAGGGGGUACGAGCAACCCCUUCCUCCGCCCUGUCCUCCGACUUGGCAUCAGAAGGUCUACCCGUCUCCUCUCCUUGCAAUGAGAGAAUUCUUUCUCUCACUAAACCCUCCCUGACUAGCACCAAAAGCUCAGCCUUUAGGGCUUUCUCAGGGAUAACAAAUCCAUAAUGGUCAGCUAUAGCUAUAAGGUCUACUUUUCGAAACCUCACCAAACAAUCAAUAGAGGGCGCUUCAAUGAACUUGGAGAUGGCUGAGGCAGCCAUCUUGUACACAGCAAUUUACUGAACACACAAACUAAACAAGUCAUCCAAACUCACAACCUACCAUCACACCUCAAUCACUAACCACAGAGAGCUCAGUGCAGCAGGGUCCGGUGGGUUUAAUGGAAUCCCGGAUGAGCCCCCAUUAUGUUACGCACGCCUCUGAGAAGAGGGAAUGCAACUCCCUGCUAUAACUCAACUCUCUGAAGUGCAAGAGGUAUGGACUGUAGGUGCGAGCAAGGAUGACACAAAAGCAGAUUUUACCGUUUACUUGGAUUUAUUUUCUUACACGGUAAUAUGGGGAAAAGGGGCUGGACGGAACCAAAGCAAAGAAGGUAAAUAUCAAAGUUCCCCCUCUCCUAUCUAACCUGCCUACCCACUUAACUUACCUAACUUAACACUGUCUGGUGCCCUAACCAAAAUACAGGGGGUGGUCCACCCAGGUCUUACCUAGUGUGCCUAGACAGUAAAUAUACUACGGGUAUAUGUAUGCCCUCGGGCCUCUUGCCUAAGCACUCCCAAAGUGCCUUCUCCUUCCCCCCUGGGAACAAAUGAAACAGAGUAAUUAUUAAUGAUUUCACAAACACUCACAACAACAGUACAUACCGCACUUUCUGAUACACAACCAACACUAUAUCACAAUCUAAUUUUUCUCUCUCUCAAUCUCCAAAUCUCUACUCCUUAUCUCCUCUCUCUCCUCUCUCCUGGGCAGAACACUGGCUUUUAUCUUCAGGUGGCAAUGGUGAUUAGAGUCAGCUGCUUCUUGACGAGGGGGCGGGGUCAGCUCCAAUCACCAAUUAGCCUGGGGUUGACCAAUCAGCUGGUUGGGGAGUACUUCAGGAAGCCAUCUCCUGAAACACACACUCAAAUACAAAACAGAACACAGAAACUGGGGAACGUAACAAAGCCCAAGGACAACCCCAAGAUUGUUUUUGGGGGGGGCUCAAGGGGUGGCCGGCUGAGCCGCGGGAAGAGCCAGAGCACAUGGAGCAGGCGAUAGAGAAGUGGCUCUAACCUCUUGGGAGUAUGAUCUUUGACCCUCUGUAACUCUUACGGGUAUCUUAGUGAUCUUCUGAAAUCUAUCAUGUUCAAACACAUCCUUCAUGUAAAUUGUCUUUUCUGAAAGAAAGAAUGUCUGUCUUUUUUUGAGGAACUGAAAGAGAGCUGUAAAUAGAGACUUUCACAAGCUAGUUAACAGACACUAUGACUGUACUGUACGAAUAAAGUUCUGCUGCUCCUCAGAUGUAUACAGACGAUAACUGUGACAGUCAGAGAACACUUUGCAGCCCUCCAAUCAUUUCUUCAUUGACUGUGGGACAUUUAUACUUUAUUUACUUUUGGAACCAAACUAACCAUUAGAGAAUAACUUUGUAACCUUAAGUACCAUUCAACUGGAGGGUGAAAGGGCAGAGGAUUGGAACAACAAAAAGCUGUGAGCUGUUAGUUACCAAGGAGAAAGGCAUCUGAAAUAAUAAAGAAGAAGAAAGACUCCAUACUGUUUUGCAGCACUCCGAAGGGUGUUACUGCAUCCAACCGACAUUCUACAGAUUUCAACCGGAUCCAAACUUUUCUGACAAUCAUCUCAGUAGAUUUGACUGUUGUUGGGAGAGAUGAGAGCUAUGUUUCCCCUGUUCCUGUGGAUUCAGAGUGUUAGUGGAUGGAUGCAUCCUAAAUGCCACGUUUAUAACAGUGGCGAACACUUUCCCACCUGGAACUACUGUCCUUUGGCAGAACAGUACACUGCUGCCUGUCGAGAUGUCACAGCCAUCGAGGAGGAUCUGCUUGGACUUCCCUCUAAUAUCAAUACCCUCUGCAUAUCUAUGAAACAUGGUGAAAAUAGUUCCAUGUCUCUGGGCUCUUUUGCUCGUUUUCAGUAUUUGAAGUGCCUGUUCAUUGGAGGCUGUUUUCCUCAAAUCCUUCCAGCUGGGAAUAGUCAGGGCCUUCAAAAUCUGCAACAUAUGUACAUUAAUGGAUUGGUCACUGGGUGCUGUGAUUGUCAUAUUGGGCCUAACACAUUCAGAGAUCUAGUCAAGCUAAGUAAGUUGACCAUAACUGGUUAUAGGCUAUCAGCAAUGGCACCAGAUGUUUUCCAUGGCAUACCUCAAUUACAAAGUGUCUUUAUUCAUGAACCCUGUGGAGAGGAUUUGUCAGAAAUACUAUGCAGAAUAAUUAAUAUAAUGUCACUUACAGAGUUAAAUGUACAGGCACCAAAUAUACAAUCAUUAAACCAAUUAAACUGCUCCAUCUUAAACGCCACCGAAAGCAAUCUAACGAGCGCUAGUUUAGGUUUCGGUCAAAUAAACCAUAUAGAGGAAGGUGCACUGGCUUGUCUCCAGAACCUGACACGUUUUUCUGGGGUCCUAAACCAGGAUGUCCUACUGCGCCUUCCCCUGUCUGGCAUUAAGCAAAUCCAGUUCUUGUAUUUCUCUGGUAUCACUGACAUUGAUUUUGAAAGUAUCUGUAAUGUAGUGUUUUUGCUUUCAAUCAAGGAAAUACAUUUAGCCAAUGUCAAUACAAGGAGCCUCUCCAUGUCCAGUGUGGAAUUGUGCAUUGGGCUGGAAUAUAUGGGUUUUCAUGGACUUGAAGCCAUCCAUUCUUCUCCCCAUUUGAAAUUGAAUUUUAUUUCCAGUCUCAAAAGCCUUAAAAUAUUAUAUGUAUGUGACCAGACAGCAAACAGUCUUGACCUCUGCUCCUUCCGAAAACAACCAAUCACAUGGUUAACACGACUCACUUUCAUGUCGAGAAAUGUACAAACGCUUUUUGCAAAACAGUUCAGUUGUCUUGAGAACCUGCGGACUCUAGAUUUGUCAUGUUGUUUCAUUUCAAACAUUGAAGACUUUGCUUUCUUCGGAUUGGCAAAUCUGGAGUCCUUAGACAUGACACAAAAUAAUAUAACCCAGUUAUAUGCAAACACGUUUAUUGGUUUACAUAGUUUGACAUUGUUAGACCUCAGGGGAAAUCCACGGAUCUACAAUAUUGAAGCAAUGUCUUUCGCACAACUUACGUGUCUAAGACAAGUGUUUCUGGGGUACUUGAACUAUCCACCAAGAGAACUAUCCACCGUGAUAAAGCUGAAUCUGACACGUGUAUUCGGUGACGUUCUGAGUCACCUGACUCAUCUGUACAUUAGUGCAGGUAUGAGGCCAAUGCAGUUGAUUAUUGGCAGUAACGUCACAUCUAAACAGAACCUGAGUCUCCAACUCAAAGGCCAGACAGUGUCAUUUGAAGACUGUGACAGACCCUUCUUUCAGUCUGUAACCCAUCUUCAUGCUGAUGCUGAAGAAUUCCUUUGUGGAGCUGAAUUCAUGGGAAAGUUCUUCACGUCUGUGGAGACAUUUGUCUACAGAUCAAAGCUUUCAGCUAAAAGUGUGGAUUUAACAUCAAUGAAUCAGCUGAUUCACCUGAGGAAACUGACUCUAAUACAGGUGGAUCUUUUAAUACAGCGUUCUGCCGACAUCAUUUUUCACAACCUGACCAAACUGGAGGUUCUGAAACUUUCAAACUGCAGGAUUGACUCUUUGGAGGGGGGUUUAACUAAAGACUUUAAAUCCUUGAAAACAUUAUAUUUGCGUAUCGAGAACAUUUAUAAUGUAAUCUACAGCUUUACUGAACCUCUCUCUAGCCUAAAGUAUUUGAUACUUGAUACAUUACAGAUUUUUUGCAGUUGUGACAAUGCUUGGCUCAUUGCAUGGGCAAAGCCGUACAGGCCGGUUGAAGUGAUCAUGCUUAAUCAUGAAGUUAUGUAUAAAUUAGAAGACUUGAUAUGCUUGUCAGACAAUGGACUAGACACACCUAACUUUGUCAAGUAUACAGAAGCCAACUGCACAACAGAGGUGGGCUUUGUGCUCUUUGCUGCGACUGGCCUGGGAGUCCUGUUCUUCAUGCUGGUGGUGCUGGUCCAUAAUCUGGCCGGUCCUUACCUCCUCCCCCUCUACUACAUCACCCUUGGCUGGCUGUCGGAGGCCAUGCGAUCAAACACCAGGGGGCGCUACCACUACGAUGCGUUUGUCUCCUACAGCGGGAAGGACGAGCGCUGGGUGGUGGAGGAGCUACUACCCAACCUGGAGAAGAGAGGUCCUCCUUUCCUGCGCCUCUGUCUGCACAGCAGGGACUUCCAGCUGGGGAAGGACAUUGUGGAGAACAUCACAGACAGCCUUUACCGGAGCCGACACACCCUCUGCCUGGUCAGCCGCCACUACCUGCGCAGUAACUGGUGCUCCCUGGAGAUGAAGCUGGCCACCUCCAGGCUGCAGGUGGAGCAAAGGGACAUCCUCCUCCUGGUCUUCCUGGAGAAGAUCCCACCGUGCCGGCUAUCUCCCCACCACAGGCUGGCUCGCCUUGUCAAGACUAGGACCUAUCUGGACUGGCCCCAGGACCCCCAUCAGCACCAGGCAUUCUGGGACAGACUGUGGGCUAAACUGAAACCUCCAACUGAAGCCUGAGAUCAGAGGGUUAUGUAGGACCUUGUGUUAAUGCUGAGACAAAUAAUGUUAGCAGAUUUGUUGAGGUAUUGCAUUUGCAGUUAGAAGUCCUCGGUACCAAGAGCCUCCCGAGUGGCGCAGCAAUCUAAGGCGCUGCAUCGCAGUACUUGAGGCGUCACUACAGACCCGGGUUCGAUCCCAGGCUGUGGCACAGCCGGCCGUGACCGGGAGACCCAUGAGGCGGCACACAAUUGGCCCAGCGUUGUCCAAGUUAGGGGAGGGUUUGCCUGGCCGGGAUUUACUUGUCCCAUCGCGCUCUAGCGACUCCUUGUGGUGGUCAGGCACCUGCAAGCUCGGUCGCCAGCUAGACGGUGUUUCCUUCCUCCGCGUCAAAAAGCAGUGCGGCUUGGCAGGGUCGUGUUUCGGAGCAUGGCUCUCGACCUUCGCCUCUCCCGAGUCCGUAGGGGAGUUGCAGCAUUGGGACAAGACUGUAGCUACCAAUUGGGGAGAAUUCAAAAAUAAAAUAAAAUGUAAUAAUCCUCGGUACAAAACGUCUACCGGUAUUUGAGGUUUGUUUAGACAAUUCUGAUUCCUUAAAUUAAAUAAGCCUGUUCAUUUUUUUUCUACAAAUUCAACACCUUAUCACUAACACAUAUGUUUGUUUGUGUCUUUGUUGCUUAGAGGACCUGAAAAAGGUUUUAUACUAUUUUUGUUGUAUAUCAGGGUAAAACCAAUGUGACCGACCAUCUGCUGUAUGCUGCUUUGAAUGACAAUGCAUGAAUGACCAGGAACCAUUUAUUUUCAUUUCAACAUAGAUCAGAAGUUUGUACAUACAUUUAGUUGCUAGUUGUUUAACAAAUGUUUUACCUGUAUAUGGUCUGCUACAUAUGUCAUUUAACAAUUCUUAACUCGUGGGUGUGCGGAGGUGUCUCCCUUUCUGGACAAUUGUUAUUUCUGCGAGUUGGAGGGAACCUAGUUUUAUUGUAUUAUUUGAUUUUUGAUUAUUGUUUAUUGUUAACAUUUAAGUACCUUGCCGUGAUUGUUUUCAAUUAAAAUGGUCAAAAAGAAACAAAAAUUGUGUUUUAGCAAAUAGCAAUUUCUCAAGCAAGAAUUGGUGAUGUCACCAGGCAUGCAAAAUUCCAUCCCACCAAAACAGGCUGAAAUUUCAGGCGAUCUUUUCAAACAGCUCUUACACUUAAAGGGCAUUAUCAUCACUUUCACAAAUUCGCAGUAUUAUUCCAACCUCAUUGUCUGUAAAUGUAUAUAAAACACAGGAAAAACUCUCUUUUGACUGCGUUGGGCCUUCAAAAAACAAUUCCCCUGCCUUAGCAUAAGCAGAAGGAGUUAAAACCCUUUAACCGUCUCUUCUUGAAAAACAUGUUUAAAAAAAUAUGUCACCUUAAAUUCCAAGUACGAACGACUCAAAUAAUAACAUCUAGCAGAUUUUUGUUUUACAACUAGAUGUUCAUUUGGGAAAUUACAGAGCUCUACCAGGCGGUUGACAUCUCAAGAGGGUCAUACUAGCAAUGUCAUAUUAGAAUAGUAAUUUGCAUAGCAUUUUUACUCAUCACAAGCACAUUACAUACAUUCAUCUAGAUCUGCUUGAAUUGCUUUUAUACAGUAGACAUGUUUAUGUUAAUAAGGGCAGAUGUCAAAUUUAAACAAUUCAUGGUCAUUUUGUGUCCAAAUCGAUGCAUUUUUAGGUGCUGUAUAUCACAAUGUCCCCAAAAUAGUUCUUACAUUUCUAAUGACCCAGGUUUUUUCACCAUGUUUCACACAUGUUUAGGCUACCUUUUGAGAUAGCUACCCUGCUACCUGCCUGUGGGGCGGCAGGGUAGCCUUAGUUCGAAUCCCCGAGCUGACAAGGUACAAAUCUGAGCAAGGCAGUUAACCCACUGUUCCUAGGCCGUCAUUGAAAAUAAGAAUUUGUUCUUAACUGACUUGCCUAGUUGAAUAAAGAUAAAAUAAAAAUACCUUUUGAGAUCAUGUAUGACAGUGCAUUUUUUUUUGUACUAGUAUAGGAGAGUUGUUCAGAUACUUAUUUUCAAUACAGAACACACUUAUAUUUUUUGUAUUUAUUUGGUAUAAAUAUGGCUUAUCAGGCUUAAAUAGAGGAAGUUCUUGGAAAUUAUCUUAGCAAUGAAGAUCACAGCAAUAAUGCUACACGCACAUACCCGAACACACACCACAUGUGGAAAGGGAAGAGACAGAGCAAUGUGUCCUCCCACCACUAAGUCUUCUUGACCAUUUUGGAGUGCCGCCAUUUCCUAAUAUUCUUGACCUUGGGAUUUCACUUGA